GCGGGCAGGGCGGGCUCGGGGGCGGGGCGAGGCCUCCCCGCGCGGUGCCGCGGUGGGCGCGUCCGGAGCCGCCCGCAGGCCGGGACGGAACGUGCGGCGAGCGGGCAGCGAUGGCGGCGGUUGAGGGUGAAGGCUGUCGUACUGUCCCGCUUUCUGGACAUGUAGGAUUUGAUAGUUUGCCUGACCAGCUGGUUAAUAAGUCGGUUAAUCAUGGGUUUUGUUUCAACAUUCUGUGUGUGGGGGAAACUGGCCUUGGUAAGUCCACCCUCAUGGACACCCUUUUCAACACCAAGUUUGAAGGUGACCCAGCAUCUCACUCACAGCCUGGAGUCCAGCUGAAAUCCAGUACCUAUGACCUGCAGGAGAGCAAUGUCAACCUCAAGCUGACUGUUGUGAGCACGAUGGGCUUUGGGGAUCAGAUCAACAAAGAGGACAGCUAUAAGCCCAUCGUUGAGUUCAUUGAUGCUCAGUUUGAAGCAUACUUGCAGGAAGAACUGAAGAUAAAACGGGUCUUGCACAACUACCAUGACACUCGGAUCCACGCUUGCUUGUACUUCAUUGCUCCGACAGGCCAUUCCCUGAAAUCCCUGGACUUGGUAACGAUGAAGAAGCUUGACAGCAAGGUGAACAUCAUUCCCAUCAUUGCCAAAUCUGAUGCCAUUUCCAAGAGUGAGCUGACCAAGUUUAAAAUUAAAAUCACAAGUGAACUGGUCAGUAAUGGAGUGCAGAUCUACCAGUUCCCGACAGACGAUGAAUCAGUGGCGGAGAUAAAUGGGACAAUGAAUGCCCACUUGCCAUUUGCAGUGACCGGGAGUACGGAGGAACUGAAAAUAGGAAACAAAAUGAUGAAAGCUCGUCAGUACCCUUGGGGCACAGUGCAGGUGGAGAAUGAAGCUCACUGCGACUUUGUGAAGCUGCGGGAGAUGCUGAUCCGCGUGAACAUGGAAGACCUUCGUGAGCAGACACACACACACCACUAUGAGCUCUACAGGCGAUGUAAACUGGAAGAGAUGGGUUUCAAGGACACUGAUCCAGACAGCAAACCCUUCAGCUUGCAAGAAACUUACGAAGCCAAAAGAAAUGAGUUUCUGGGAGAACUGCAGAAAAAGGAAGAGGCAAUGAGACAGAUGUUUGUCCAGAGGGUCAAGGAAAAAGAAGCAGAAUUGAAGGAGGCUGAAAAAGAGCUGCAUGAAAAGUUUGAUCGCCUGAAGAAAUUGCAUCAGGAUGAAAAGAAGAAGCUAGAGGAUAAGAAGAAGUCUCUGGAUGAUGAAGUAAAUGCAUUUAAACAAAGGAAGACAGCAGCUGAAUUGCUUCAGUCACAGGCUCAGCAGGCUGGAGGAUCGCAAACUAUUAAAAGGGAUAAGGAAAGGAAAAAUUCGGGUUUCCUGUAGAACCUUUCCCUUGGCCCCAGAGGCGAAUGCCCCACCCUCGGCUGUGCCAUUGUGCUUGUUUGCUCACCUUUCCCAUUGCUCCCUUCCUGCGCUCAUCACUCGGGGUUAAACCAGAACUCUUGGCUGCUGGGGUUGUUCUUGUGAGGGACCCUGCUGGCCAGAGGGGCUUGUGCCAGGUUCCUCCUGCCCCCUGGGCAGCAGCAGGACACCCACUGCUCCUGGGCAAGUGUCCCCUCUCCCAUUGCUCAGCUUUUCCCCCACUCCAUGCUGUCAGAGCUGCUUGAAGGGUGCAUUUAGCUCCUGCUGUGGGUGCAGUCCGGUGCUGCCAUGGAGUAGGAUGUGCUGUUUCCAGAGACUGGCUGCCCUCUCUCCAUGUUAAUUUGCUAUCCCUAAGCCCUCAUUACCCCCUGUGCUGCCAUGUGUGACUCAAAUAACUUUCAAGGACUUUUUGCAAAACUUGACAUCCUCACAGGCACGGGCCUGAGUCUAAACCUCUAGUUCCCAGGCUUGAGGAAAUCUCAAAUUUGAAUCCAUGGUUUGCAACUAAGUGUUCUCUGAAUGCUGCAGAGGUCAUGAAGGAUCUCUUGCCUGGUCUCCCUCUCAGUGUGCUGACUUGGAUGCACAUCCUGGAUCCAAUCUCAGGGAAAGCUGGUCACCUUGCUGUACAUAUCAGUGUUUCUGAAGAAAGACAAUGCUGUUUCAUUGACUUUCUUCUCAGUGAUUCCAACAAUUUCUAGUUUUAAUGCAAAAAAAAUACCUUUUUUAUUUAAUCUGGCAUCUCUUUAGAACUGUACAGAUGUUCACAGGUUUCUUCUCAUAUUUUCUAUUCAGCAAAAGCCUUGUUUUUACUGCAAGUUAUGCUAAAAAGGAGGGUGUUUUGCUCACUGGGCCAGGAGUUCACUCUGGCUAAGUGCAACUGUGGUUUGCCUGCAAGUGUCUUCUCUGUGCAUUUCUGGCUGAGUUUUGUUUUUAAAUAAAGAGUUCAUCAGACAGUGAA